AUGUUCUCGGAAUAUGCAUCGAGGUUUCUGGCUCAGUCACAGUCGCGAGUAGCAUCUCGCCCUGACGAGCUUCAAAGAACUGGUCGUGCCCGCCCCAAUAACCAACGGCAGGGUAACAGCUCACGGAACCCAUCCUCGCGCUCUUUUCUAAGGACUGGGGAUCCUUACCGACCAGGAGCCUCUCAAGUUUCCAACUUCCCAUUUGCCUCCCGAGCAUCGGCCCAACCAGCUCCCCUAUUCUUCAGUGCCACCGAUGAAUUUCGAGAAGAAGACGAUGAGACCGAGCGGGAACGCGAGAUCGCCGACUUCUAUGCGUUGCAAAGGUCGCGGCGACAUUUUGGAGACAGUCACCUAAAAGAAUCAUCUGAAUUAGACGACGAUUCUGAACGCUCGGUGGGGCUGGAUGAUGACUAUGAUGACAAUGAACAAUCCCCAUAUGAUGCCCGACCCGGUAAUGGGAAGGGUAUUAAAAGCUCAUGGCGCGGAGACAAGCCCAUUCCCCCUACUCAUCAAUCUCGCAUCGAUCCAGUAGAAGAAGUUUCAGAACCAGAACGUCGCCCUGCCUCCAGCUCUAGCAGCGGUAAAGCCCGAGGGAAUCUUGUGGAUGUUGGCCUGGAAGACUCUUUCCGUGGUCAUAUCGAUGAGGAUGAUCGUAGCCCCUCCGAUUUUCUAGGUGAUCAGCCGCCCAUCCAACGCUUCCGAGAAAGACCAGACACCAAGCCAGACCACUUUGGCUUAAAUCGGACUGAAGGAUUCGCAGAAAAUUCCGAACACUUCCCAUCAGAUGCCCUGAGACCCCCAAGCUCCGCUAGCUCCUUCCCGGCAUCCGUAUCACCACUCACAUCUGAAGCCUCUUUACAUGAUGCCUUUUGGGGUCAGCUAUUUUUAAUAUCACUUGCUGGUUUGUUUGCCACCGCAUUCCUCGUCUAUCUGCAUACAUCAACUCCAUCCGGGGAUCAGUCAAAGUGGGGCGAUACGAUCUACUUCACCGUCCACCGCUCUUUCUUUCGCCUUGGAAUCUAUACCCUUGUCUCCAUUUUUGUGUCUCUUGUCUGGCUUGCUUUGCUACGAUCAUACGUUAGGCUUCUUGUCUACGUUAUUAUCGUUACUGUCCCCAUCAUUCUGUACUCCUUCUCCCUAUACCCCUUUAUCUCAAGUUUCAAGGGCGCGUGGCAUGGAUCAAGUGUCCAGGAUAAUCUUAUGCGUUGGGGGUCUAUUGUACCAUUUCUGAUGGCUAGCGCUUGGGUUUACAAUGUCGUCCGCGGUCGGCGGUCCAUCGGAAAGGCCAUCGGGGUCCUUGAAUUUUCCUGUCGAAUUCUCGCUGCUAACCCAGAGCUUCUUGCCUUGGGCUUAGGCGUACUUGCUAUUGUUGUCUCCUGGACCUGGGUAUGGAUGCUUAUGUUUACUCGUGUGUUCUUGGGCGGCCACUUGACUGGACAAAGAUCUUUCAUAAUCGACUUGAGCAGCUGGUGGCUUGGUGUCUACUUUGUUUUGAUUUAUUUGUGGUCCAUCGGAGUUAUCGCUGGUAUUCAACGCGCAGUCACGGCUGCAACUGUGAGCCAGUGGUAUUUCCAUCGAUUAGCCACCCCCGCGCCGACAUCCAGACAGAUCAUCCAAGCUGCCAUCGUCCACGCCACCACGACCCUUUUUGGUACCAUCUGCCUGUCUCGUUUCCUAACGCUCCUAAUUCGACUUCCUCUCCUACUACUCCCUCGUCGUAUCUCUUCCUUGCUCAGUCUCUUUGCCUACUCCAUAAUUCCCAGUCCCAUCACCUUCCUCACAAAUCCUCUCGCUCUCACAUAUGGAGCUAUCCAUUCCCAGUCACUGGCCAAGUCUGCCCACGGCCUGAGUAGAAUGGCUGUUCUUGCUCCGGCGGCAGCUUCGUCAUCGUUACAUCCCCGGGCAUACGGCCGUCCUCCCGGGAAUUCGGGGUCAUUGCUCUCAUAUAGGCUCUCCAAACUCAUUCUGCAUGCUGCACGCUUUAUGAUGUCUUUGGCAUUGGGAUUUGGCGGCUGGGUGACUACUGCACGAAGUCUAGUCACGACUGCUUCCAAUAAUACCAUUCGGGGUAGUCUAUAUGCCUACGUCGUUGGCCUUAUUGCGGGUAUGCUUGGAUGGAGCAUUCUAGGCGCUACAGAAAGCGUCAUUGCAGAUAUCGUAGAUGCCUCGGUGAUCUGUUGGGCUAGUGAAGUCGGAAUCAAUGGACGAGAAGCUCGAUACUGCCGGGAAGCUGGAUGGCUCUUCGGCGAGUCCAAUACUGAUUUACAACCCGAUUAUCGAGAAGUCUAG